CAGAAAUAACCGUACACUUGCUGAGAGGGCGGAGACAUCGCUAGCCUGAGGAUUAGUCGUCGUAUUGCCCAGGACGAUACAGCUGCGACGAUAGCCAUUGCAGAAAUCGAAACAUGGCGAAGGGGAUGUUGACAUUGCUCUUCGUCACUCUUCUUGCUUGCGUGUCGCUGUCGGAUUCUCUUUGACGGUGACGAUGACAGCGGCCAUCCAUGGGUCCAGUGCCCGACGCUCGAGCGCAAGGAUCCGUGGUGGUCCUGGGGGUGAUAAACUCCGCUUGACGUCAGAGAGUCUGUUGACAGGCUGAGUGUCGCGUCAAGGCCGUUGCGAAAAUGGACGAGAUGCGUGAGGUCGCCGAGGGGAGCAAGAUGGCUGACAUUGUUUUCAUGACGGUGGUUGGCCAGAAUGUUUUCUCUCAAUCUUGGAAUCAAACUGAUGACAUGUUCGAGGAGCCUACUCCGGGACUGUUGUCUACAGAAUAUGGCUUGAACAAGACUGGGAUAUUUGUUUAUAAUCGUUGCGGAAGUCUUGAGGGGGAACUCCAGUUAUUCCCAUUAGUUCCCUUAAAUCCCUCGGACAUCCGUCACGAAUGGAAAGUCAUUGAAAAUGCAUACAGAAAAUGUCCACAGUGUAACAAACCAGCCCCAAAAACUCGAUCUCAAGCAAAGUCGGUCACUCCAUAGUCAGCUGCCAAGAUGCUCGGCCCCUAAUUCAGGACUAAAACUGAUGUGAUUCAACUAGUAUAGUUUCUUUUUUCAUUGUUAUUUGCUGUAGCAGUUAAAAAAGAAAAAAAAAUGUAGAAUAGUAUCACCGUUCCAAUGCAUUACAGUUGGUGCCGAAUUCUAGGAUGGAGGAUAAGUCUUAAGUUUCAGCCUUUUGAAGAUAGGAAGAUUUAUGAAGAACAAACGGGAAAGAGUUUUAACCGUUUGUUUUGAUGGUAGUCAUCAGUUUUCGGCUGAAAUCAAAGAAAAAGAACAUUUCAUUGCGAGUUCACAGACUGGUUUUUAUGACAAACUUGCAGUAAAGCUAUUUUGUGAGUUUUUGAAUUUGUUACCAGUCCCCUCGCACAUGAACAGAAUGCGUAUUCAGGAAGUCGUUUUGUGCCACGUUGUAUUGUUGGGAAAGAGGAAAUAAAAGAGCUCAAUCCUUAUAGAC